GUGAACCAAAAGGGUUCAUUUUGGUGAAUCCGGUUUGCGGGGAGGCGCAGCUUCAUCCACCUUCCCACAAGGCCUCCUCAGCCCCCGGCGCAGACCGAGGUUUUAGAGCUGCGGGGCGGGAGCCGACGUUUCUUCUUCCUUCCGCUUUGGCAGAGGCUUUGUGGCUGUGGGCCGGGCCCCAAGGCGCCCCCCAUGGCGGGGCAGCUGGUGGAGGUCGACGGCGGGAUCAUGGAAGGGGGCGGCCAGAUCCUCAGGGUCUCUACAGCCCUUAGCUGUCUCCUGGGCCUCCCGUUGCGGGUGCAGAAGAUCAGGGCCGGCCGCAGCACGCCAGGCCUGAGGCCUCAACAUUUAUCUGGACUGGAAAUGGUUCGAGAUUUGUGUAAUGGACAACUGGAGGGGGCAGAAAUCGGCUCAACAGAAAUAACCUUUAUACCAGAAAAGAUCAAAGGUGGAAUCCACACAGCAGAUACCAAGACUGCAGGGAGUGUGUGCCUCUUGAUGCAGGUCUCAAUGCCCUGUGUUCUCUUUGCUGCUUCUCCAUCAGAACUUCGUUUGAAAGGUGGAACUAAUGCUGAAAUGGCACCACAAGUUGAUUACACGGUGAUGGUUUUCAAGCCAAUUGUUGAAAAAUUUGGUUUCGAAUUUAAUUGUGACAUUAAAAUGAGGGGCUAUUACCCAAAAGGAGGUGGUGAAGUGAUUGUCCGAAUAUCACCAGUUAAACAAUUGAACCCAAUAAAUUUAACUGACCGUGGCUCUGUGACUAAAGUAUACGGAAGAGCUUUCGUUGCUGGUGUUUUGCCAUUUAAAGUAGCAAAAGAAAUGGCAGCGGCAGCUGUGAGAUGCAUCAGAAAGGAGAUUAGGGAUCUGUAUGUUAAUAUCCAGCCUGUUCAGGAACCUAAAGACCAAGCAUUUGGCAAUGGAAAUGGAAUAAUCAUUAUUGCUGAGACAUCCACUGGCUGUUUGUUUGCUGGAUCAUCGCUUGGUAAACGAGGUGUAAAUGCAGACAAGGUUGGAAUUGAAGCUGCCGAAAUGCUAUUAGCAAAUCUUAGACAUGGUGGUACUGUGGAUGAGUAUCUGCAAGACCAGCUGAUUAUUUUCAUGGCAUUAGCCAAUGGAGUUUCCAGAAUAAAAACAGGACCAGUUACACUCCAUACGCAAACAGCUAUACAUUUUGCUGAACAACUAGCAAAGGCUAAAUUUACUGUGAAGAAAUCAGAAGAUGAAGAUGCCUCUAAAGACACUUAUGUUAUUGAGUGCCAAGGAAUUGGGAUGACAAAUCCAAAUCUAUAGAAUUUGUCUUUUAAGUAUAUCUCAAUGAUGUAUUGCACUAAUUCAUUUCAUAGAUAUAAAAUGAUGAAUAAGAAGUAACUUAUUAAAGGACUUGACUUAAAUUUGGAGAUGAAGUACAGUGUUCUAGAUUUGCUGAGAAUGCUUCAUCAAGUUAAUCUCAUUUUGAAUAUCUCCUGAGAUAUGGACCAUGAACUGUAAGAGCUGGUGGGUAUGUAUUAUAGCUGAUUUCAGUAUUAAAGUAUUGAAAUAAAAUAUUCUUUACAGCUGAAGUAAA